GGUGCAUUUACUCACGCUGAACACGCGGUGGCGCUGUUGUCCCAGGCUGGAUCUGAGGCGCAUGCUCCGUGCGAUGUAAACAGUUGUUAGGCCGCCGCCGUCUGUCUGUCCGCCGCAGACAUUUGUGUACACGUAUUAAACGGCUGUAUGGGCUGGACCGAGGAGUCAAUGGAAACAAGCUAACCUAACGCUGGCUAGCUUUCAGCUGGACACUGAGCUAGGCUAUCCGGGUGGCACAGCUCAUGUUCUCGGGUAAAGUGUUGGAAAACUCGUCUUUUCCUCGUAACAGUGGGACUAUACUUUCGUGCAUGGGAAGCAGGGGACGUUUGCUGAGGCUGGCUAAAAACGCUUCAAGGUGGCGACAGACAAGGUUGCUGGUAAGCUGAGUUCUACUCUCUCAUGGGUGAAGAACUCGGUGUCCCACACGGUCAGUCAGAUGGCUAGCCAGGUGGCCACGCCCACGUCCCUGCAGACCACCGCUACCUCUUCGUCCACGUCUCUGUCCUCGCCUGCCCUCUCGCCGUCCUCGCCCGUGCAGCUCAGUCCCGAUGAUGUGGAACUGCUUGCCAAGCUCGAGGAGCAGAACAGGCUGCUGGAGACAGACAGCAAGUCUCUGCGCUCCAUGAAUGGCUCCAGGCGGAACAGUGGCUCCUCGCUGGUGUCCAGCUCCUCUGCCUCCUCCAACCUCUCCCACCUGGAGGAGGACUCGUGGAUUCUCUGGGGAAGAAUUGUUAAUGAGUGGGAGGAGGUACGCAAGAAGAAGGAGAAGCAGCUCAAGGAUCUUGUUAGAAAAGGGAUUCCUCACCACUUCCGGGCGAUAGUGUGGCAGCUGUUGUGUAACGCCCAAAAUAUGCCCAUCAAGGAUCAGUACUCAGAACUCCUGAAGAUGACGUCACCCUGUGAGAAGCUGAUUCGCAGGGACAUCGCCCGCACUUACCCUGAACACGAAUUCUUCAAGGAGAAGGACAGCUUGGGACAGGAAGUGCUCUUCAAUGUCAUGAAGGCAUAUUCCCUGGUGGACCGCGAGGUUGGCUAUUGUCAAGGGAGUGCAUUCAUCGUCGGACUGCUACUGAUGCAGAUGCCAGAGGAAGAAGCUUUCUGCGUGUUUGUGAAGCUGAUGCAGGACUACAGGUUACGGGAGCUCUUCAAACCCAGUAUGGCUGAGCUGGGACUCUGCAUGUACCAGUUUGAAUGCAUGAUCCAGGAGCAACUCCCAGAGCUGCAUAUGCACUUCCAGGUUCAGAGCUUUCACACCUCCAUGUAUGCCUCUUCUUGGUUCCUCACCAUCUUCCUCACCUCCUUUCCACUGCCUGUCGCCACCAGAAUCUUUGACAUUUUUAUGUGUGAGGGGCUGGAGAUAGUUUUCCGUGUGGGACUGGCCAUCCUUCAGAUGAACCAGACUGAACUCAUCCAGCUCGACAUGGAGGGAAUGUUACAGCACUUUCAGAAAGUCAUCCCACACCAGCUCGACAGUGGACCAGACAAGGUCAUCCAGGCUGCUUAUCAAGUCAAGUACAAUGCCAAGAAGAUGAAGAAGUUAGAGAAAGAAUACACUACAAUCAAAACUAAAGAGAUGGAGGAGCAGGUGGAGAUAAAGAGGCUGCGGACAGAGAACAGGCUCCUGAAGCAGAGGAUAGACACACUAGAGAAAGAAAGUGCUUCCUUGGCAGAUAGAUUGAUCCAGGGACAAGUGACUCGAGCUCAGGAGGCAGAGGAGAACUACCUGGUCAAGCGGGAGCUGGCUACAGUCAAACAGCAGAGCGAGGAGGCCAGUGCUCAGCUGGAGCAGGCCAAGAAAAUCAUCAGCCAGCUCCAGCAGCAGCAGCAGCAGCAGCCACAAGCGAAGGGGGCCCCUCGGUACUCUGAGGAGUCUGUCCUGCAGCUGGAGAGAGAGCUCGUUCAGGCCCGACUGAAGGAGGCAGAGUCCCAGUGUGCGCUCAAGGAGAUGCAAGACAAGAUCCUCGAUAUGGAAAAAAGGAACACAUCGCUACCAGAUGACACCAACGUGGCACGACUACAGGAGGAGCUGAUUGGUGUGAAGCUCAGGGAGGCAGAAGCUCUGACCGGCCUGAAAGAGCUGAGGCAGCAGGUCAGAGACCUGGAGGAGCACUGGCAGCGUCACUUGGCACGCACCGCUGGUCGCUGGAAGGACAGCCCCAAGAAGAACACGCUGAGUGAGCUGCAGGACGAGCUGAUGAGCGUGAGGCUGCGUGAAGCUGAGGCCCAGGCAGUGCUCCGAGAAACACGGCAGAGGAUGCUGGAGCUGGAGACACAGAAUCAGAUUCACAGCAACCAGCUGCGACGGGCGGAGCAGGAGAGCCGCUGUCUCCAGGAUCGUGUGCAGACACUGACGGUGCAAAAUAAAGACCUGCAUGUGCAGCUGCAAGAAAUCAAGCGGCGACAAGCUGAAAUCGAAUGCAAGAGUAAAGAGGAGGUGAUGGCUGUGAGGCUGAGGGAAGCUGACAACAUUGCUGCUAUGGCUGAACUCCAGCAACAGAUCUCAGAGCUGGAGAUAGAGAAGGAAGAAGGAAAGGUCCAGGGCCAGCUGAACCACACAGACUCGAGCCAGUACAUCCGCGAGCUCAAAGACCAGAUAGCAGAGCUAAAACAUGAGAUCUGCUGCUUAAAAGGGCAGAGGGGUUUGGCCAGUCAGCCCACUUUUGAUGGGAUCCACAUCGUCAAUCACUACGUGGGGGAUGAUGAGUCUUACCAGUCUUCAGAUGAAGAUGGAGUCAAGGACCCCACCCUACAGGACACCCAGCAGAGGAACAGCGGCCGAAUCAGACUGCGCCCCAACCUCGGGGACACGGAUAGCGAGGAGGAGGACGGCGAGGCCCUGCGGCUGUCUGUGCCUCAGAGCGGCAGCCACAAGUCCACCACUGUCACUUGGACUCGCAUCUACCCCGCCAGUGGAGAUCAGGUCUUCGCACCGUUCACAGGAGGACUCCUCUCUGCAGCUGGAUUCUUCUCACUGAUUUGUCUGCUCUCGGAUCAGGGAUCAGAGAUGCCUCGCUCCUUCUUGGUGAAGAGUAAGAAGGCGCACAGUUACCACCAGCCCCGGACUUUAGAGGAUGACUGCAGCAGGCUGGACGCCGCUCUGGCGCACAUAUGCUCAGAGGCAGAGAAGCUCCCAGAUGACAGCGACAUGACGGAGGACAGGUACGAUCUGUCUCCAGACUCCCACCUGGCUGACGCUGCCGAUUUCUCCCCAAAGUCACCGCUGAGCUGCGCCGACAGCCUGUGCGGCCGUUCCCCGGAAUACGAGGACUUCUGGAGGCCUCCGUCCCCCUCUGCAUCACCGGCCGAUUCUGAGAAGUCCCUGUCUCCUCUGGUGGAUGAGACCCAGCCCUUCACGGUUCCCUUCCGGCCAUAUGCGUGGAGCAGCUACCCGGGGCCUGGGCUGAGGCCCCUGGUGCAGCAGAAUCUCCAUCCUGGCAUGGAGGUGGACAGGGGUCCUCCGGCGAUGGCCUUCUGUGGGGGCCAGAGCGCCCACUCUGCCCUGUACUCAGACCGGGUUCUGGGAGAGGAGGCUUACCGCGACUACAGGAGGCACGCUGCCGCUCUGCUGUUUCCUGAGGGAGGCCUGCACAGAAAAACACACAGUGUGAAGGCCCAGUCCGACCUGCUGUGCUCCAGUCUCAUCCUUAACGGUGCUUACAAGUGUGUCAAGUGCAGCAAGGUGUUUUCUACUCCGCACGGGCUGGAAGUCCACGUCCGCAGAUCGCACAGCGGCACCAGGCCCUUUGCGUGUGAAAUCUGCGGCAAAACGUUCGGGCACGCAGUGAGCCUGGAGCAGCACAAAGCCGUGCACUCUCAGGAGAGAAGCUUCGACUGCAAGAUAUGCGGUAAAAGUUUUAAGAGGUCGUCCACGCUGUCGACGCACCUGCUCAUCCACACCGACACCCGGCCGUACCCGUGUCAGUACUGCGGGAAGAGGUUCCACCAGAAGUCAGACAUGAAGAAACACACCUUCAUCCACACAGGUGAGAAACCCCACAAAUGCCAGGUGUGUGGCAAAGCGUUCAGCCAGAGCUCCAACCUCAUCACACACAGCAGGAAACACACCGGAUACAAACCCUUCGGCUGCGACCUCUGCGGCAAAGGUUUCCAGAGAAAGGUGGACCUGAGGAGACACAAAGAGACGCAGCACGGACUGAAGUGAAGCGGCGUCAGGACAGAAACCCGUCACGUGAUCUGACGUUAGGAGGCUUUAUUUCAACUGAAAAUCUGACAGAGACAGUUUAGACAGGAGGACAUUUCCCCGACCACCGGCACAGUGGCCCUGUGUGAGGACAUUUGCUGGAUCAGGAUUCACUAUGAUCCGCUGUCCGUAAAAACCUCAUGUCAAAGAACAUGGAAAUCUAUUUGAUAAUAUUACACAGCGUCAGAUUAUUUCUUAUUUAUUUUUAUCAAAAUGUAGAAAUCCAUGGAAAGACUUAGCCUGCGCAGCGUGAAGACAGCAGCAACACUAAACACAGCAGCUCCGUGCAGCGCGUCCUGAGGCCCAGACACAGCACAGAUAAGCUGCCGCUCAUGAAUCAGCGUCUUUGGGCAUUAAACCCAAAAUAUUUGUACUCACACCUCAAUAACCGGAUCGACAAUAAACCACCGAGAAUAGAUGAAAUCUGCGCCUCUCCACAGAACACAGGCUUUUUGUUGUUGGUCGGACUGAUGCUGGCAAAACAGCGGGUUUCUGAACAGGAGGGUCGCGGCCCAUGUGUGAGCUCUGCUCCAAAGGGUUUUUGUUUUUUUCCAUUUUGCACAUUUUCUUCUCAGAAUAACUUUUGUCGUUUACGAAAAUAAACACGUUACUUUUUUUUCAGACCA